CCCUUUCAGAAAGGAAGUGAGUGUCGUCAUGUGUGGAGCUAACGCGAUGAGCUAACAGCUAGUCGGACCUGAAAAACAGCAGGUGACAGCAGGAGCACCAUCCGGGAAAAGCAGCUCUGACAAACUUAGUGUCUGCUGCCACGAUGAUAUCUGAGGGAGGUUCUUUCGUGAAGGGGGUGGCCAUUGGAGGAGUCUUCUGCUUGGUGGUGUCACUUCUGGGUAAUUUCAACCUUGGAAUGGAUUCUAGAUCAGGGAGCAGACACGAUCAUCAUCAUGUCAAGGCUGCAAGCAAGGACGACCUCAAACAGCUGUCUGAGAAAGGAGUGGAAGAGUUGACUAAACAAGUCCAGGUGUACUGUAUCAUUAUGGUCCAGCCUAAGUUACUGCUUCACUGGGCCACUGCGCUCAACACCUGGAGCAAACACUGUGACAACCGUGUGUUCUACACCUCUGAGUCAUCAAAGGCCCUUGAAGCCAUAGACUUGAAUGAAAAAGAUGACUGGGUAAGGUUACGUAAAGCCCUGCAGCAUGCAUUUGAGAAUGCGGGAGACAUGCGUUGGUUCUUUUUGGCAAAACCCAGCACAUUCGCCAUCAUUGAGAACCUCAAGUACCUUUUGGUUGCAAAAGAUCCCACUGAACCGUUCUAUAUUGGCCACUCUGUAAAGUCAGGAGAGCUGGAGUAUGUGGAGUACGAGAGUGGCAUUGUUCUAAGCUACGAAGCGCUAAAAAGGCUGGUGCAAGUGUUCCAGGAUGACAGCAAGUGUCCGCAACAUGGGCGUGCCCUGUGGACACUGAGUGAAGAGAAGCAGUUGGCUAUAUGCCUCAAGUAUAAGGGUGUUUUUGCAGAAAACGGGGAGGAUCCAGAAGGAAAGAGUCUCUUCAACACUAAGAGUGUUGAGACCCUUAUAUCUGACCAUCUGAAGGAAAACCCCACAGAUGUACUGAAGAAAUGCUGCUCUGAUAUGGCAGUUACGUUCUGUGGGAUGUCCCCAAACCAGAUGCAGGUUAUGAUGUUUGGAGUUUACAGACUUCGACCUUAUGGACAUGAUUUUCAAGACUUACUGACAUUUUACCCUCCUGAAGGUUCAGAUAAUGACUAGAUACUCAGUCCAGCAAUUGGACGAGGCACUAUUUUAAAAAAAAAAUGUUCUGCUUCUGUGAUGGCAAACUUAACUUUUGGGAGGUGAUUUUAUGCUGUUUAUAAAACUGGAUGCUGGAUGGAAUUAUACUUUUUUUUUUUUUUUUUUUUUUUUUUUAAAUGUAUUUUGUACCUUUUGCACCUGGCACAAUCGGCACCCAAUUUCUUUCUGGUGUAGGUGAGAUCAACAGAGUCAAUGGGUGUGCCAUUCUUUAAAUUAAAUUACAGCUGCGAGAUGCGUUUGUUUUGUGGUAUAAACUAGAUGUCAUCUGGAUUUUUGGGUUUUGUUUUUUUUAUCUUUCUUGAAGCCACAUUUAAGUGAUGAAGUUGUGUGGAACUUUUUAACAUGAAAAACUCAACAGUUGUUUGCCUGCCUGGCUAUCAUGUCCACAUCAUAAAUUACAUUUCCCUUGUAAAAAGGUUUUAAUAUUACAUCAAAACAGAUCCAGUUAUGUAUGAUGCUUCUAAUUUUGGCAGACUUUUUAUUUUGUUUGAUAUCUACAUAUUAAAUACACCUCCGUGUAUAUUGCUACAAUCGUACACCAAAAGAAUUAUCAGUUAAGAGAUACAAUUAGGUCCAGGUAUUUGGAAGGUAACGUUUUGUAAUUUGCCACUGUAGAUCACCACAUUGGGGUUAAACAAGAUAAACGUGUAGUGUAGGCUUUUCACUUGCAUUCAGAGGGUUUAACUGAAUUAAAACUUGAUCGUUUAGGAAUUGCUGCCUUUUUUAAAUAUACAGUCCUUCCGUUUUCAGAGCCCAUAAGUAAUUGGACAAUCUUGCAGCCAGUUUUCUAUAUACAACUCCGGUUGUGGAUACAUGAACAGUUUCAAGUCACUGAAUACGUCUUGGAUUUAUAUGAAAAUCCUAAAUAUGCAGUUUGCCCGAUCACACCUGCAGAAGCCUAAAACUAGAGUUGUGUUGCGAUAUACUUUAUUGAUCUCACAGUGGAGAAAUUAUGUUUACACUCCAGUUACCUCAGACAACAAUUAGUCCACAAUUAUUACUUGUUUACCAUAAUAAUGGCACACAUCAGAAUUAAAGACAACACAUACACACUUGACAUUGUUUAUGUGCACUAAAUUUGAAGACGUCCGUUAUCCGAAUUGAGGCAAGUGGGUGAAGGUCUUGCAGCAACCCUGAGUUGCGCCACCUUCUUGGUGGCUUUCGUUACUAGUCUCCCUCUUGUACAGUCUCUAUUUUGACAACCACAUACUCCAGAGACAUUUCAGCAUAUUUCUUAAUAAAUGAUGUAAAUAAAGUUAUAUCAGUCACUUGGAAAUGUUCAUGUAUCCAUUCUCUGAAUUGUCUAAAGACAACUGGCUGUAAAAGUUACUAUUUGUAUUAAUAAUUCUAGUAGUACCAGUCAAAUAUUUGGACACACUUUUCUAUUCACUUGAAUGGGAAAGUGUCCUAACAUUUGACUGGUAGUUUGUAUUCAGUUUGUCCAAUUACUUGCAGCCUUUGAAAAUAGAUGAGCAAAACGGUUACAGUUCCUAAAUGGUUAAUGCAGUAUUUUUGUUAAACCCUUUGAAUUAAAGCUGACAGUCUAUACUACAAGCACAUCUUGAUUGUUUGAUUUGAACCCACUAUAACAAGGUAGGCGCAUAAUUUAAAAAAAACUGUCCAACAACUUAACUGUAUACAGUAAGUGCAUGCAGGUGAGAGUUAACUGGUUGAGGACUUUAACUUACAUUUUUAAUAAAGCUCACUAAAAUCCACUCAUGCUCUAGUUUCUGUAGCUUUACAGUAUAAAGUAUUGAACUGAAUUAUCAUAUGCUGUGUGACUGGAAUGUUUCAUGGUACGGAUUCUCACAAUUUUAUCACUAGAUCUGAAAAUACCAGGAAAGAGCGUAACAGUAAUCACUGAAAACCAUGGUGUGAUACUUUGCUGCCAGAGAGGAUACAGUUUACAAGUGUACUUAUAACCCCCCCCCCCACAUUGAAUGUGUUUUAUUGGACUUGUUUCUUGUUUGCCUUGAUUAAUGAUUAUACUGCUGAUCCAUGUUGCUGUGUUUUACCACGCGAAUAUAAUAUUGUAUCGCUGUGAACAGGAGAGACCAGAAUAAAAUGUGUAUUUCUUCAUUGAU